GCCCCGGCGGUCCCCAGCCCCCGUGCGGAGGGGGUGGCAGCAGCCCUGUGACUCAUGCCUGCGUCGAAGCAGAUCAACCGGCGAUUCACUCUUUUAAAAAAGCAAAUCCGAGCACUUCUGGAAAAAAAGGUCAUCUCGCAUUAAAUUCCGCGGCGCGAUUGGUAUUCCGACGUCGUUUCUGGCGGAGUUUAUAAGCGGCGGGUCUCUCCCAGGCUGGAGUCGCCCUGCCUGCCUGGACUCCGGCAGCAAGAGUGUCCGCUCGCCCCCUUGCAAAUUCCUUGCUGCCCACCCCUCAGAGGAAAACCGGGCUCCGGGGAGUGGGGCUCUUCUGAAGAGAUGGCUUCCUCUGCUCCCUCGUCCUCCAACGACGCUCCGGACCCCACCCCAACUAAUUUACGACCCACAACUUACGACUCCUGGUGCGGCGUGGCUCACGGGUGCACCAGGAAAAUCGGGCUGAAGAUAUGCGGGUUCCUGCAAAGGACCAACAGCCUGGAAGACAAGGGACGGAUCGUCAGUUCCCUGAAGGAAAGGCAGUCCUCUAAGAGCCUGUUAGCAUGCGAGAACAGCGAGAAGGAGUCCAGGUUCCGGCGUACCGAGACCGACUUCUCCAAUUUGUAUGCCAGAGAUUUGCUGCCCGCCAAGAAUGGCGAGGAGCAGACCAUGCAGUUCCUGCUUGAGGUCGUGGACAUCCUCCUCAACUAUGUGAGGAAGACGUUUGACAGAUCUACCAAAGUGCUGGACUUCCAUCAUCCGCACCAGCUCCUGGAGGGCAUGGAGGGCUUCAACCUGGAGCUCUCAGACAACCCCGAGUCCCUGGAGCAGAUCCUGGUGGACUGUCGAGACACUCUGAAAUACGGCGUGAGGACAGGUCAUCCUCGCUUUUUCAAUCAGCUGUCCACAGGACUGGACAUUAUUGGCUUGGCUGGAGAGUGGUUGACAUCAACUGCUAACACAAACAUGUUUACCUACGAAAUUGCCCCUGUUUUUGUCCUCAUGGAACAAAUAACACUUCGAAAGAUGAGAGAAAUUAUUGGAUGGUCAAAUAAAGAUGGUGAUGGAAUAUUCUCACCUGGAGGAGCCAUCUCCAACAUGUACAGCAUAAUGGCUGCACGGUACAAGUACUUCCCUGAAGUCAAAACCAAAGGCAUGGCUGCAGUCCCUAAACUGGUUCUCUUUACCUCAGAACAUAGUCACUACUCAAUAAAGAAAGCUGGGGCUGCACUUGGAUUUGGAACAGACAACGUGAUUUUGAUAAAAUGCAAUGAAAGAGGCAAAAUAAUACCAGCUGAUUUGGAAGCAAAAAUUCUGGAAGCAAAACAAAAGGGAUAUGUUCCUCUCUUUGUAAAUGCGACUGCAGGCACAACAGUAUAUGGAGCCUUUGAUCCAAUACAGGAGAUUGCAGAUAUAUGUGAAAAAUACAAUCUCUGGCUCCACGUAGAUGCUGCCUGGGGAGGUGGGCUCUUAAUGUCUCGAAAACAUCGUCAUAAAUUGAGUGGAAUAGAAAGAGCCAAUUCAGUCACUUGGAAUCCACACAAGAUGAUGGGAGUGUUGUUACAAUGUUCUGCCAUUCUUGUCCGGGAGAAGGGUAUACUUCAAGGCUGCAAUCAGAUGUGUGCAGGCUAUCUCUUCCAGCCAGACAAACAGUAUGAUGUAUCAUAUGACACUGGGGAUAAGGCAAUACAGUGUGGUCGACAUGUGGACAUUUUCAAAUUCUGGUUGAUGUGGAAAGCGAAGGGCACAGUAGGAUUUGAAAACCAGAUCAACAAAUGCCUGGAGCUGGCAGAAUACCUCUACACUAAAAUAAAAAACAGAGAAGAAUUUGAGAUGGUUUUUGAAGGGGAGCCAGAGCAUACAAACGUAUGUUUUUGGUAUAUUCCGCCGAGCCUCAGGGGCAUGCCGGACUCUGAAGAGAGAAGAGAAAAGUUACACAGGGUGGCACCCAAAAUCAAAGCACUGAUGAUGGAGUCAGGUACUACCAUGGUUGGAUAUCAGCCUCAGGGCGAUAAAGUCAACUUCUUCCGAAUGGUCAUCUCAAACCCAGCAGCAACUAAGUCUGACAUUGACUUCCUCAUUGAGGAAAUCGAGAGAUUGGGGCAGGAGCUGUAGUACAGUGGUUGAAUUUUUUAUUUCUCUAAUUCACUGUUUUCCAGCACUGGCUAUUUUGUUUUACCCAGUUCUGCAGAACAUGUUUUAAGGAAAUUCUCUUUCUGUAACAUCCUUAACAACUAUAGGCUACUGAAACAUAUUUAUUGGUAGAUCAUACUACUGAGGGAAAAUGUAUUAUCUUGAAGUUGAAGUACUAUUGACUCUUACAUUGGUCUUGUUUAUUGUAGUCAGCAGGAAAUAAUUAAGUACUAAAAUAGCAAAUUAAUAACUGCACAGUAUAUAUGUACAGUAUAAAUAAAUAUAUAUAAUUAUAUAUAUAUAUAUACAUACAUAUAUAUAUACACACAGAGAGAGUGGUUAUGAACUUAGAUCUAAGCCACAGCAUGUUUUCCACUUUAAGAGAAUUAACUUUUCCUUCAACUAAUGAUGUGGAUAAUGUGCUACAGAUGUUUUAUGGCAGGUAAAAAUAGACAUAUAGAAACAUUCCUAAAAUGUAGAUUCUUAGGAGCUAAAGAAAAAGUAUAACAGUAUUAAAUCUUAUUGUUGGUGCUUCUCUCACGUAUGAAACAGCAAUCUAACAGCACCUUCAAGUAAAAUAGUUGCAUUUCCCCUUUAGUGUCACAUCAGGGGAUAAUAGUAGCAGUUGUUGUAACAGGUAUAUUAUUGCUGUAUUUUUAGAGGUUAAUUUGUGUAGAUUGUGUAUAUUAUUGUUAAAUGACUUUGUGUAAAAGGAUUUAAAUGUAAUAGUUUUACAGCAAGAUAACUGUUGAAUUGUAGGUAUAUGAAAUAUUUGCUUAUUUAUAUGCAGAGAUUUACCAUGCUGAAGAGUUGUCUUGUAUUUUCUUCCAUUUGUAAUGUAUCCUAUUUAUAUAUUAUUGAAGUUCUAAAUAAUGUUUAUGGUAUAUUAGUGUCUUUGUGAGCCAAAGAAAAAAAAUACAAAAAGUAUUAGUUGACACUUUCAUUUAAAUCCUAGUGCCCUUAAAAUAAUAACUUACAGAUGAUUUUACUGAAUAUAAGGAAUUCUAACAUUGUGUAUAGAUUGGCAAAUAAUGAGAUCCCUCUAAUCUAUUAGAAUUUUCAGUUUUAUUUAUUGUAAUGUCAGACUGUCUGUUCAGUGUUCUGGAUGCUUUUCUAGUGAACAUUGUUUGCUAACCAAGGCCCCUGUUUUUGAGUUGCAUUUCAGGACUUAGUUUCAACUAAACUCUGUGGGAGUUUUAAUCAGCAACAUUCUUUUAGUGAAAAGGAAUUCACUAGGUGUUUGGAGUUUAUAAAGGUAAUAAACCCAAAAGUUAUCUCAGAAAAUUGAAAUGCAGCUGGUUUGUCAUAACAAUUUCAACUGGCUGGACUUUUCAAAGUAUAAAAACGAGAGUCAUCUGCAGCUUCUUCAGUUUCAAUCCUUAGAUAAUCAAUACCACUGUGUGAAAAACUCCAUACUGGAAGAGGAGUAGUGGAACAAAAUGAAGAUUCAAUAAUCCUCUGUCUACUGAGUUACUGUCAUGUUGAUAAAUGGAAUAUGCUAAUUUGAAAUAUUUUAAUAUAUGAUUCCAUUGCUAUCUUCUAUGAAAAUCAGUAAGUAAUUGGUCUUCCCCCCCCCAAUCAGUAAUAAAAUUAAAUGUUUCUAAAACAAUUCAGGGAAAUGCAGUCAUGCUAUGUGGGUUUUGCAGCCUCUCUGGUCCCCUUCAGUUCUGUGGAAGGACAGCUACA